GAAUUGGGGAAACUUCAAUCUGAGAGCAGUUACAGCGGAGUGACAGAAACCUUCACCGAUCAGAAGUGGCUCUCUUUCUCUUGGCUUUUUGUUCAGAGACACUUAAGGACCACUGAAGAAGAGGAAAAGAUGUUGAGGCGUAGGCCUUCAAAUGCCUCGGAGAAGGAGCAGGUGCAGAAGAAGAAGCUCACGCUGCAGAGGUCCAGCAGCUUCAAGGAUUUUAUGAAGCCUAAACCCACCUCUCCUGUCGUGUCAGAUAAAGAGUUUGCCCUGGAGGAGACUGUGCCUGAAGGUGUAACACCAGAGGAAGCAGCAAAAAGUGGCAGCAAACUGGGCAAGAAAUGGCGUAACGUCAUCUCACGUACCAUGACCCGCAAAACAUCCAAGAUGGUACAGAAGGCUCUGGCUGAAGAAGGGGGGGAGAGUGGUGAGGAGUUGUCUCCUGUCUCCUCUGACUGGCUCCCAGACCUGAGUGCAGGAAAGAGGACGUCUGUGUGCUCCACGGGGUCCGAGGACACCAUGCCCAGCCCCGUCACCCGCCAGCUCUCCGGCAGCAGUGACAGACAAAGCUUGGACAGUGGAUACAGUCAGAGGGACAGCAUGAGACUGGAGGAGAAUGGAGUUACUUACAACGGACCCUUCUGUGGCCGUGCUGUGGUCCACACCGACUUCACUCCUAGCCCUUAUGAUGUGGAGUCACUGAAACUCCAAAAAGGUGACAUCAUCCACAUCAUCGAGAAGCCUCCUGUGGGGACAUGGACAGGGAAGCUCAACAACAAGAUGGGUUCCUUUAAGUUCAUCUACGUCAACCUCCUGCCUGACGAGAGCCCCCCAUCCAGGCGGAAACGUGGCAGCAAGGUCCGCAGAUCCAAUUUCAAACCCAAAAGUCUGGAGGAGGUGUUGGACAGCAUCCGUCUGACGGAGCUCAGUUCUUUGCUGUCCAUGCAUGGUUUCCAGACCCUGGAGGACUUUGCAGGGCUGAAGGAGUCUCACCUCAAUGAGCUGAACAUCACCGACCAAGAGCAGCGCUCAAAAAUCCUGAAUGCCACUGAACUGCUCAGGGACUCUGAAGAUGAGUCUGAGCCAGAGGAGGAAGUCAGAUCUGUGGAGGACGCCAAGGAGCCAAGAGAUUCAGGCUGUUUUGAGAGCUCAGAGAACCUGGAGAACGGACGUGAGGAGCCAAAGAUAGUUGAGGAGGAGACAAACAAAGAGUCCAGUGAACAAGAGGAAGCAUCAGAGCAGCAGGAGGAGAAGCAAACAGAGCAGCUGGACACUGUGCAGGAGCAGCUGGAGGAGCUGACAGUGAACGAAGGGUCUUGAGAAGUCAAACUAUUUUUUUUUUAUUCUUGGGUCUCCGGGAAUCUGUGGAUAGAAACUUAAUGCUGAAAACAAACAGCUCUGCGUUGUAAGAAAGCACACCGGUGUCAAGAGAGCAGUAUGAGGCUGAAAUAUGAACACAGUAGUUUCCGUUUUCCUCAGUUUGCUUGAACUAUAAAGCAAGCAGCACAAUUCUCCUCUAUAUGUCUCAGCUUGUUGUUUUAAUUAUGAAGUGUGUUGUUGUAUGUUGUUGACAUCAUGGAGGAUAGCUGAAUGAAGCAUUGUUUUUUUAUGUACCUGGUCAAGUUUUUCUGUGUUGUGCUGUCCUGAACCAAAUAUGAAUGUAAAGUACUUUGAGAUAUUUUUAUGUGACUUGAACUAAACCAGAUAUGUUGUAUGUAUUUGAGGUACAUUAUAAAUGUUCUGGUACAUCUCAAUCUUGUUUCUGUAAAUAAAUCAAAAUAUAAGUGAAAUAAAACAUAAUCG